AAGCAAAACAAACUUCUUUAUGUUGAUGUUUGCUAUAGCUAUUUUUGUUUUGUUUAAGAUAUUUUUAAAUACAAUUUCGUUUUCUUUUGCGCAUUCAUUACAAGAACAACCAACCGAACUGUUAGCGAAAUAAAUGCUGCAAUAUGCCAUUUCUUUACGGAAAAUCAGAUGAAAAGUACGUUAAAGCAGACCGCAGUACGAAAACACAGAAGUCAAAGCCUUUGGAUUCAUAUAAGUUUUGUUUAAGUUCCCAGCUAGAAGGAAUUCAAAAAAUCAAAUCGAGCGAAGUUUCGAUACGCUUGAGGACAUCUCCAGAUAAACUGGUUGAAAUUUGUGCAUCAGUGCUGGAUAAGAUUGAGUUACCAUAUCCAUUUUAUUGGAGCGUUCUUGAAGUAGCAGAUUGGAUAAGAAAGCAAGGAUUCCCACAGUAUCAGAACACUUUUAAGAAAAACCAAGUCAAUGGAAAAACUCUCAUACGUUUGGACGCAUCUUAUUUGGUCAAAAUGAAUAUUAAGGAUUUCAAUCAUCUACAAAUAAUUACUCAUGCUAUUCGGAAUCUCUAUGGGGUUGAAAAAUCUGUUUUCAAUAGAAGUAUUUCAAUGCCAGACCGUACUCUUAAAAGCUUACACAUAUUUGUGCGAACAAAAACUGGUUUCAAGUGUGAUAUUAUACGUCCUUCAGAUGUUUGUAGAUUCUACCACCUCAUACGACCUAUUUCUCUAUACGAAACUCAUUGGCAGUCAAUGGAACGAUGGCUUAAACAUACAGUUCCCUUUGAAACGCAGCUAAUUGGUGAUCUUUUUAAAACAAAGAACAAUAUGUUUAAUCCAACAAACAAACAAACUAUUCCGAUUGGUCCAAAAAAGAACCAUCGUGAUUGUAGUGGUAUGCCGCCAUGUAUGUGUAACUGGACGAUUGAGAAAGAUUUAAUAAGUCCUAGGCAACUUAAAUGUCUGAAAACGGGAAAUAAAAUUUAUCAUAAAUUGCGAACCAAUGAGAAAUGCAAAUGUUUUGAAAUGUGUAAAUGUAAUGAGUCUCGAAAAGGCUUAACUGUGCUAAAAGAGAACGUUUCCCAUAAAUAUGAUUUAACUUACGAUAACCGAUCUUCAACCGAACAAUCUGAAAGAGCUCAUUAAUCUGAGAUCUAAUAUAUUUGUCUUAAGAGAAAAUUUAUGAAACCUGGUUGCAAUUAAAAGAUGAAUGGAAACAAUCAAAAGUCGAUCUUUUUCGGAUUUAUAUUUUACUAGAUGUAGGUAUUACUAAAUGUAUUGAGUAGGAAUAGUCUUCCACAAAUGACAAAAUUGGAUGAGCUACGUAUGGACAACUUAAAUGUUACUCGUGGUCAACAUUUAAUAAUUGUUAAAAAUUUAAUAGUAGACAUUGAUUUAU